AUGUUGCGCCCUCCCACCAUCCCACUCAGACAAAAUAUAGUGCCGUGCACCAGACUUAUCAAAGAUGUCAAACAGGAUAACAUCCUCGACAAGCACCCAGCUGAAAUCGUGGAUAUCGCUCUUGACACCCUACAGAGCCUCGGGAUCCAACUCGUAGAAUGGCGGUCCCUUUUGUAUCGGAGACUGGGGGUCCCGGUACUCGUACUUGAUUACUCCUUCCUCGUGCCAGAUGACGACCUAGACCGAGCUUCGGAUCUGCUUACCCGCACAGGCUUGCCUCUAUCACCCCCUAACAAAUUAUUCAUGAAAACGUACGGCGACUUCUACGCCAAAGGCCGAUUCCAUAGAAUCACUAAGGCUACUCGGAUUUCCUCUGUUCAGCAUAUUACACUCUACCCCAUGUCCUUUUCCACCCUUGCUCCCGCCGAUUUGAUUGAGCAGUCACCGAUCCAUAUACAACCUUCACGGUGCUCCAAGAUUCUAGUGCCCCGACCACCUGCCUUGUUUGCGUCUUUUGUCCGGAUGAUGACCAUGUACCCCCGCUUCGGGGGCACCCGCACCACACUCGAAUCGGAGCUCUCUGAGCUCGUCGGAUACCACCUAUACGGCCUAUCAGGGGGCUUUGUUGACGCGGAUGAUGAGGGUGCAUGGGAGGAGAUGGAUGUUGAUCGCCGGGUUUCAGAAGCUGGGCAGCUUGUUCGUCAAUGGAGCGUUGAAGAAGAAUGGCGGGCGGGCGAGGAGUGGAUCGCUGAUGCCCUUGCGGCCAUCGCUUUUGGUGCGGAUGUAGGUGAGCUUCCGUAUAAAACUUGA